AUGGUGUGCUACACAUCGCCAUCCGUCUGCCCGAGAAGCUCGGCUCCACUAUUGUUAUAUUGCUCGUUUGUCACCGCCGCGCAUGCGCCGCUGGCGCAGGCGUCUCGCCUGCCGCCGGAGCGGUGUCCAAGGCAUGCCAAUCGUGUCCGUAGGACAAGCAGGCCCCGCUUCUCUAGCUAUAUACAGUUAUUUACCAGCCGCCCUGCGAGGCCAAAGGCACCGGCAGCUGAGGUGCUCAGCUUUCGCCACUGCGGUUGCACAUGUGGCAGCCCGUGUGGAACACACAUAAUUAAAUAA